UUCAGCGCAGCUUGGAACCGUCCAGAGCAACAUGCAGGAUGGCGAGCGUGGAGACAGCAGCCGAACACGAACGCAUCCUGCGGGAAAUCGAGAGCACGGACACCAACUGCAUCGGGCCGACACUCCGGUCGGUGUACGACGGUCAGGAACAUGGCCUCUUCAUGGAGAAGCUCGACGCUCGGAUCAGGAACCACGACAGAGAGAUUGAGAAGAUGUGCAACCAUCACUUCCAGGGUUUCGUCGACUCCAUUACUGAGCUGCUCAAAGUCCGAGGAGAGGCCCAGAAGCUGAAGAGUCAGGUGACUGAAACCAACGUACGACUUCAGGAAGAUGGGAAAGUGCUCAUCGGUUCGAUGGAGGAGCUGAAACAGUGCCGCGUGCAGCAGAGGAACAUCGCCACCACCAUAGACAAGCUGGCUCACUGCCUGCCAGUUCUGGAGAUGUACAGCCGACUGCAGGAGCAAAUGAGAGCCAAAAGGUACUACCCUGCGUUACGGACUUUAGAGCAACUGGAACACACGUGUCUCCCCAGAGCCGGCCAGUACCGGUUCUGCUCCAUCAUGGCUGAGAACAUCCCCAAGCUGAGGACGCACAUCCGGGACACGGCCAUGACGCAGCUGCGAGACUUCCUGGAGAGCAUCCGCAAACACUCGGACAAGAUCGGAGAGACGGCCAUCAAACAGGCUCAGCUGCAGCGCUCGCUGGACAGCUCCGUCACCCUGCAGCCCAGAGCUCUGAUUGGCCGGCGCGGCAGGAAGGAGGCGGCGGUGGUAACAGAGGGCAGCGGAGAGGGCGGCAGUCCCCUGUCUGAACAGGACUCUAGCAUUCUGGACGUGGAGGAUGAAGAGGAGGAAGAUGUCCCAGGAGCUCAGGAUCUGGUGGAUUUCUCCCCAGUGUACCGCUGCCUCCAUAUCUACACUGUGCUGGGUUUGCGUGAUGUGUUUGAGAACUACUACAGAAAGCAGAGGAGGAAACAAGCUCGCCUCGUACUGCAGCCGCACUCUAACAUGCAUGAAACCCUGGAGGGAUACAGGAGGUACUUCAAUCAGAUUGUCGGCUUCUUUGUCGUGGAGGACCACAUCCUUCACACCACCCAGGGGUUGGUCAACAAAGCCUACGUGGAGGAGCUCUGGGAGUUGGCUUUGUCUAAAAUUGUCGCUGCCUUGAGGACGCACUCUUCGUACUGUGACGACCCGGACCUGGUUCUGGAUCUGAAGAACCUCAUCGUCCUGUUUGCCGACACUUUGCAGGGUUAUGGUUUCCCCGUUUCCCAGCUGUUUGACAUGCUACUGGAAAUGAGGGAGCAGUACGGAGAAAUCCUGCUGAAGCGAUGGAACAUCACUUUCAGGCAGAUUCUGGACCAGGACAACUUCAGUCCAAUCCCAGUUUCUACAGAGCAGGAAUACAGACAGUACACGUCUCAAUUUCCCCUCCAAGACCCGGAACUGGAAAAGGUAGAGACUUCCAAGAAGCUUCCCUUCUCUGAGUUUGUGCCAAAAGCCUACUGCCAGCUGAAAGAGUUCAUCUAUGCUUGCCUGAAAUACUCUGAGGAUCUUCAUCUCAGUUCCACAGAGAUCGACGACAUGAUCCGCAAGUCGACGAAUCUGCUGUUGACCCGAACCCUCAGUAACUGCCUUCAGUACGCCAUUAAGAAGAAGAACGUGGGCCUGGCAGAGUUGGUGCAGGUGAUCAUCAACACCACCCACCUGGAGCAGAGUUGCCACUUCCUGGAGGAGUUCAUAACCAACAUAACAAACGUCCCGCCUGAAACGGCCAACGCCACCAAACUGUACGGGACCGCAACGUUUAAGGACGCCCGCCAUGCGGCCGAGGCGGAGAUCUACACCAGCCUGAAUGCCAAGAUCGACCAGUUUCUGCAGCUGGCGGAUUACGACUGGAUGUCUGCGGCGCAGAGCAGCGGCGGUCUGACGACCAGCGACUACCUGGUCGACCUCAUCACGUUUUUGAGGAGCACGUUCAGCGUCUUCACCAACCUGCCGGGGAAAGUCGCCCAGACGGCCUGCAUGUCGGCCUGCAAGCACAUCUCCACCUCCCUGAUGCAGCUGCUGCUCGACCCAGAGGUCCGGCAGAUCUCAAUCGGUGCUCUGCACCAGCUCAACGUCGACCUCAAGGAGUGCGAGAGUUUUGCCAGAGCCGGCCCGGUCGCAGGCUUCCAGGGUGACACGUUGCUUCUGGCCUUCAGUGACUUGAGACAAGUAGGUCUUUGUCUCCUUCGUGGUCCUCACUCCUUCGUUUCUUCUUCUUCUUCUCCUCACUGUCUUUCUUCUGCCUCCUCCUCCUCAUUGUUCCCUCCCUCUCUCCCCGUCUUCAUCUUCUUCCUUCAUCAUGUCUUCAUGCUUCAUUCAUCCCUUAAUGCAUAAAUCUGUCUUAAUAUUUCCUGAUUAUA